CACUUGCACUCCUCGUAGUAUGUGGAGUACAAGCUGUAUUUGAGCUAAACACCGCCAAUUUAACCAACAUCAAAGUUUUAACAACAAUUUGAAAUUAGAUUGUUGAAUACCAUAAAGACUAACUUAAUAUAUGUGUCCUCCGUAAAAAAAAAAUUGGUCGUUAAAACUUGUCAGUCGUACUUCUUUAUUCCAGACUUUGCUUUGCAAAUCCGCUCAUUUUCUAUCCUUUUCUUUUAAAUAUACAGUUAAAUUCUUUUUCCAAAAAAAACUGAACAGUUGGACGUAAAACUUGCACAAUGAAUUUUCAAGCGAUCACUGAGCGAUUUGUGAAUAUUAUGCGCCAAAAGGCUGCACAGCCAUCAGAUGCAUCCCGACCUCCAGAAAGCUUUGCAUUCUAUCAUCAGAUCAGACAAUUGUCCCAAGAGCCAUGGACUUAUGAAGAUUCGGAAUUGCAAGAUUUGGCCAUGUCCAUCCUCCCAUUAGAAAGGCUAUUUGAAGAAGCUACGAAAAGAGAGAAGGAAGGUGAUGGAUCAUGGAAUUAUCAAGAUUAUUUAAUUCAAUCUCUUCUUACCUGGUUUAAACGGGAAUUUUUUUCAUGGGUAAACUCUCCCAAAUGUGAAAGAUGCCAGUCAGAUACAAAUUUGGUAGGUGCUUGCGGACCAAAUUUAGAGGAGAGCUUCCAAGGCUGUAAUAACGUUGAAAUAUAUCAAUGCAAUUCUUGUUCUCAUCAACAGAGGUUUCCUCGGUAUAAUAAGGUUCGUCCUCUUCUUUUUUCAAGGAAGGGGAGAUGUGGAGAAUGGGCUUGUUGCUUUACCUUUUUAUGUCGUGCACUUGGUACCAGAACUCGCUGGGUUUGGAAUGCAGAAGACCAUGUUUGGACUGAAAUUUAUAGUUAUAAGCAAAACAGAUGGGUGCACGUGGAUUCUUGUGAAGAAUCGUUUGAUCAGCCAUUGAUUUAUGAGCAGGGAUGGGGGAAAAAAAUGUCAUAUUGCAUUGGGUUUUCAAUUGAUAGUGUUCGUGAUGUCUCUAAUAGAUAUAUUCGCAAUCCAGAGAAUGGCAACCCUAGAAACCGUUGUCCAGAAUCUGUAAUUGGGCAUGCUAUAAAAUUAUUAAACGAGGAAUUUCGUUCUUCUUUAAGUGAAAAGGAUCGAUCCAAACUUUUAGACGAAGACAAGAGAGAAGAGGAAGAAUUAUUGAGUUACAGAACGAAAGGAGAUGUUCCUUCUUCUGCUUUACCUGCUCGCCAAACUGGUAGCGAGGGUUGGAAACAUGAAAGAGGAGAAGCCGGUAAUUAAUCCUUGGUAUUUAGUAUUUAUUGUAGUAAUAUCUUAAUAAAAUCACAUAAAAAAUCA